AUGGCGAAGGUACAGCAGUACACGUGUAUCCAGGAGAUUGGUGAAGGCGCAUACGGCACGGCCUACCUCGCGAAAGACGCCAGCGGGAACCAAUGCGUGAUAAAGGCCAUCGACGUGACGCGAAUGACGCCCAAGGAGAGGCAGGGGUGCAUCACCGAAGUCCAGCUUCUGGCGAGUUUGGAGCACCCGUUCGUCGUUCGAUAUCUCGACAGCUUCAUGGACAGAAAUACCCUGAAAAUUGUCAUGAACUACUGCGCCGAUGGCGAUCUCACCAGCGUGAUUGAAAAGCAGAGCAGAUCGGGAGUCCCUUUCAAGGAGGCGCAAAUCCUCAAGUGGCUGGCGCAAAUCCUCAUGGCCCUGAAGCACGUUCACAGCCAUAAAAUCAUUCACAGGGACAUCAAGAGCCAAAAUUUGUUGGUGGACUUUGACGGCCGCAUUCGCUUGGCGGACUUUGGAAUCAGCAAGCUACUUGACCACACCAACGCGCAGGCGAAGACCUUCAUCGGGAGCCCUUUCUACCUGAGUCCAGAACUCUGUGCGGGGAAACCGUACGCGACAGCGAGCGACAUCUGGGCUGUAGGCUGUGUCCUCUACGAGAUGGCGAGUUUCCGCACGCCUUUUCACAUGGCAACAAACAUUCCGGAUCUGUGCUACAAAAUCCAAAACAUGCCGAUUGCGCCGUUGCCGAAAGUUUACUCCUCGGAGCUCCAAGCCCUUACGAACCUCAUGCUUCAACGCGACCCCCGAAAGCGUGCGACGGCCGGCGAGCUCCUGGAGCGGCCUUCACUUCAGGCCGCGAUCCGCGGGAUGCUGAAGGAGACGCAGAGCAGAGGAAAAACAUUGUGA